AAUGCAGGGGUGUUCCGUUCUCCACUAAUCCGCCAACAGCUAGUGAUUCGUACAUGAUAACCUCCAUUAGCCUCCACGAACGUCCCCAAUUCUCAAAGGUGUGAAGUUGAAGGGUGCAGAAUAAAGUGUGCAAAACCAUGUCCAAUGUUCCGUGGCUUUGCAUUGGGGUUGAUGUUGGUGGAACAAACACUGAUGCUGUGAUCCUGCAACAGAAGACUGUUCUAUCCUCAGCCAAAGUUCCCACCACAGAAGAUGUUACAUCUGGUAUCACUGAAGCAAUUAAAUCAACUCUCACCCAGCUUCCUGACGAAUUUCAACCAAAUCCAACUCAGUAUGUUGCAAGGGUUAACAUUGGCACCACUCAUUUUGUGAAUGCUGUUGUUCAAAGGAAAUUCCUCACUAAAGUGGCUGUAUUAAGGUUAUGUGGACCAGCAACUAAAGCCAUCCCACCUCUGUGUGAUUUCCCCGCAGAUCUGAGGAAUGUCAUUGGUGGAAUGCAUUUUUUUCUCAAUGGAGGAUUUCAAUAUGAUUGUUCAAGUAUUACUGAUGUUGAUGAGAAUGAAGUAAAAAGGGUUGCUAAUGAAGUACAAGCAGCAGGAAUAAGAAACAUUGCUGUUGUUGGAGUUUUCUCUCCUGCCUCUAAAGAGCAAGAAGUCCAAGUGGCUGAGAUCAUCAGAUCAGUUCACCCAGGUAUGAGUAUGACGCUUUCGCAUGAAGUGGGUUUGAUUGGCUUACUAGAGCGUGAGAAUGCAACUGUUUUAAAUGAGAGCCUAAAACCACUAUGCAAAAGGACUGUGGGAGCAUUCUGUUCAGCCUUGAGGAAUCUUGGUUUGAAGUGUCCAUUUUAUCUCACACAGAAUGAUGGAACCAUAAUAAGUGCAGAGCAAGCUUUACAUCUGCCUGUGUUAACAUUUGCAUCAGGCCCAACAAACAGCAUGCGAGGAGCUGCAUUCUUGUCAGGUGUGCAAGAUGCAAUAGUUAUUGACAUUGGAGGAACAACCUCUGAUGUAGGAGUUCUUAAAGGAGGAUUUCCAAGACAAGCUUCUACAAGGGUUAAGAUUGGAGGUGUGAACACCAACUUUCGAAUGCCUGAUGUAUUAAGUGUGGGACUUGGAGGAGGAUCAGUAGUGGAACAAUUACAGGAGGGUAUCACCGUGGGUCCAUUAAGUGUUGCUUACAAGUUGAAGACCGAAGCGUUAGUGUUUGGAGGGAAGACCAUGACAUCAACAGACAUUGCUGUUGCUUCUGGCCUGUGUAACAUUGGAGAUAAGGAAAGAAUUAAGGACAUUCCCAAGGAUGUCAGGGUUGGAGCAAUGGCAGAGAUCAAGAGAAAAAUUGAAGCUGCAGUUGAUCGGGUUAAGUUCAGUGGUGAGGACCAGCCUGUAAUUCUUGUUGGUGGAGGUAGUGUUCUUGUGGAUUUAUCACAGAAAUUAAAAGGAGCCUCAAAAGUUUUAUGCCCUCCAUACUAUCAGGUUGCCAAUGCGGUGGGCGCUGCCUUGAGUAAAGUUAGCGGAACAUUUGAUCAAGUUGUUCCUUUGAAAAAUACAACUCGUGAAAAAGUAGGUAAUGAGGCCGAACAGAUGGCGCGUAAAAGAGCCAUGGAGGCUGGGGCUGACGAACAAACCUUACAAGUUAUUGAUAGGGAUGAGGUACCACUGGCGUAUCUGCCUGGUAAUGUAGUGCGGUGUUUUCUGAAAGUUGUUGGUGAUUUAGCAGAGUGCAAAGCCAAUAGCCCCGAGGAGCUAUCACAGUUAGGCACAGACAUAUACAGUGUCUUAUCAGCCGAGGAGUUCUCUCCCAUUCAAGAAGUUUCUGGUGAGGAGCAGCAGCCCAGCACACAAGAAGAGGACGACAUUGUAUUCAGUGAUCCGUAUGUAGACCCUGUAACAGGUGACUGGAUUCUGAGCAGGUUUGAUGUCGAGUGUAUCACCAUAGGAGCCGGUAUCAUGGGGUGUGGAGGGGGAGGUAGUCCUUACCUUGGGAGACUAAGGGCACUGGAGCUUAUCAGGAAGAACAAGGAAAUUCGUGUUAUUCAUCCAAACAGGUUAGGAUCCACUCCUGAACUAACGGGUACCGUGGUGACACCUGCCUUUAUGGGUGCACCAGUUAUCUUGAUCGAGAAGCUUUUCAGUGGACAAGAAAGUCUCUCAGCUGUGAAAGCAGCUGUAGCAGUUUUAUGCGCUGGUGAUGCUGUUAAUGAACAUGACAAUGGAGAAGGAAUCAAGGAAGUCAAAGGUGUUCAAGAGUGGAUGUCUGCCAAUAAUGAGCCUCAAUCCACUAAGAAACCCGUGGCUGUUGUAUGUGCGGAGAUAGGAGGUGCCAACUCUAUCGAGCCCUUAGUGGCUGGAGCAGAACUGGGACUCCCCAUCGUGGAUGCGGAUGGCAUGGGACGAGCGUUUCCUGAGUUGCAAAUGUUUUUGCCGUUUGUUUAUGGUAGCCCAGCAUACCCAGCGGCCGUUGGAGAUGAAAAAGGAAAUGUGGUCGCGUUGACAUUUGCUGAAACACCCAAACACUUAGAAGGCUUUCUUAGAAUUAAAACGGUAGAGAUGGGCUGCAUGGUUGGCUUUACGUUUGUCCUUGACUGGAAAGAUGUGCAACAAAAAAGUGCCCUGUAUACUGUGAGUAGAACAUGGCGUCUGGGUAACACUGUUCUUCGUGCCAGACACAAAAAGGCGUCCCCAGUGAAUAGCAUUCUUCAGCAUGAAAAUGGAAAACUCUUAAUGAUUGGCAAGAUAGCGGACGUAAGCCGUGUAACUGAAGGCGCCUUUAACAGAGGAAGGUUGCUCAUUGAAGGCUCCGGACAAUUUAAUAAUCAGAACCUUGGUAUUGAAUUCCAGAAUGAAAACUACGUGGCUUUUGUUACAAAAUAUGAUGGCUCCAGGAGUGUUCUUGCUACGGUUCCUGAUUUGAUCUCUUUAGUAGAUGAAGAUACAGGCCAGCCAAUCACAACAGAGGAAGUUCGUUAUGGCCUCCGAGUGGCUGUCAUCGUCAUGCCUUGCUCUCCUCUAUGGACCACCCCGCAGGGACUGGCAGUUGGAGGCCCGGUGGCGUUUGGGUAUAAUGACGUUGUUUAUAGUCCUGUGGAUUCGUAUGAGGAGCACCCUCCCAUCCCCAGAAACUGAUGAAUUUUUAAAUAGGAAAUAAAAGCAUUAUUUCACACAAA